AUGUGUCAACCUUCAUGUCCAAUUGAUUUAGCGACCCAUGAAGUGGGGUCACGCCCUCCUGAAAUUGGGUAUGAAGUUGGUUGCCCUCCUGAAUUUGGGUUAUGCCCUCCCGAAGUUGGGUUAUGCCCUCCUGAAGUUGGGUCUGAAGUUGGGUUAUGCGCUCCUGAAGUUGGGUCAUGGGCUCCUGAAGUUGGGUAUGAAGUUGGAUCGGGAGAUUUUGAAGUUGGGUCUGAAGUCGGGAGUUCGGGGGGAAGUGGAGGCCACUGCAUCUCCGGAUUUGCUCUCCUCGUUAGAACCGUAGAGUACCGGAGCUCGGCUCCUGCAGAAUAA